AUGCAAAAGUAUUACAGUAAAUUAAAAUGUAGUAAACAAAAUUAUUUUUCUAUCUUCAAAUAUGGGAGGAAAUCUUACUAUUCAUGGAACAAUAAAAGUAAUAAAUUAAUAGGCAAGUUACAUUACUCAUUAUUGAAUCUUAAUGGAUACAAGAUAAAUAAAUCAUAUGCAAAUUUUUUUUUUGAAAAAUUAAAAAAUACAUGGAUAAAAAAAAAUUACUCAACAAAGAAUGAACUCUACAAUUUUGACAAUUUAAAAAAUUUUAAUGAUUCCUCAAACAAUAAAGUUUAUGUUAAAGAGAAUAUAUAUGAUAUAUUGCAACCUUUAUGUAAAAGUAAGGAAGUUAGGGCUAUUUGCGCAAAUGUAAUAUUUUUUGUUCUAAAGUUUUUAGAUACCAAAAACGUUGCAACACCAAACGAAUAUAAAGAUAAUAUUAAAAGAAUAUAUCUUGAUUUGAUUAAAUGUUAUCACAGGAUUUUUAAAAAUGAAAAUGGAGAAUUUAUUUUUUGUAUUUUUAACGAUAAUACUAUAAAAUCUGCUAGUCCCUCAUUAAAAAAUAGUAAAAAAAAUAUUAUACAAGAUAUAGUAUUAAAUAGUUUGGAAUUUUAUUUUAAAAAUAACAUAAAUAAUAUGAAUUCAUUAGAUAUUAAUUUAAUGUGUGAAAUUAUUAAAUAUAAAAAAUUCUUCUAUGUACUAAAUUAUAUAAAUUACGAUAAAAAUCAACUAAAAGAAAAAUUAGAUGUAAAAAAUUUAGACUACUUAUUUUAUGAGUUUUUAAAUGAUAAAAAUUUUUUUUCGAAAGCUAUUGAAUUAGCAUCUAUAUUUUAUUCUGAAAGUAUGAAUAUUACAAAACCUUUUAAGGAAAACUCUUCAUUUAAUUGCUUAAUUUUACUGAAAAAUAUUUUAAAAAUUCAAUCAAAAAAUCUCCUCUUUUUAUUUUUAAAUUCAUUAAAAUGUAAUGAUUUGAAAAAAGAAGUUUUCCUUUUUCUGUUAUAUGUAGACCCAUUAACAGAAUUUUCGUUGAGUUAUUGGGGGUAUUUAGCUACAAAGGAAUAUAUACUUUUAGAUAAUUCAGGUGUUAGAAAAGAAGAUGAUAUAAAGAAAAUAGAAAUAAAUAAUGAUAUGUUAAAAAGAAAAAAUCAAGAAAAUAGUAAUAUUAUAAAUACUGAAUAUUAUUAUUUACCUGAUAAUAUGAAAAAUAUAUUACUUUUGAAAGAUGCUGACGAAUUUAAAAAGUUAAUGAUAUGUAUAAAAAAUGAACAGCAAAAAUAUUGGGAAGAAAACAUUUAUAAUAUUGAAGAUACGUAUAAAAUAGAAGUAUAUGAUAAUAUCAUUACUAUAGAAGAUAUUAAUAAUAAUUUAAAAAAAAAAAAGAAAAGAUAUUUUGUUGCUAUAGAUGUAGAAUGGUGUAAAGAUCAAAAAGUGAGUAUAAUUUCAGUUUCAACAAGUAAAGAAAUUUAUAUAGUUGAUUUAUUAAAUAUUGAUUAUAAUUUUAAAUUAUUAAUAUAUUCUUUUUUUAAGUGGCUAUUAGAAAAUCCAUUUAUAUACAAAUUAUUUUACAAUUUUUCUUGUGAUAUGCAAAAAAUAUCUUCUUUUUUUCAAAAUAUUUCUCAUUUAAACACGUUUGUUAAUGUAAUAGACUUAAAGGAUCCAUUAUAUAUGAACAUAAAAAAUCAUAAAGAUAUUAUAUGCGAUAAUAAUGCUUUUCAUUUCGAAUUAUUUAAUAGAGAUAUUAUUGAAAAAAAUGAUAUUGCAUUAUUUAAAAAGGUAAUAAAUAGUAACCAUUACGAUCUUAAUAAUGAAAUAAAAAAUAGUUUCAAUAAAUAUGACGAUACAAUUGUUUCCCAUAACAAAAUCAGUAAACUUCAUUUUAAAAGUCUAAAUGAUUUAUGUCAAAAAUUUUUAAAAAGAAAAUUAGAUAAACAAUUGCAAUUAUCUGAUUGGAGUAAAAGACCCCUAACAGAAGAUCAAAUAAAUUAUGCAUCUAUUGAUUCUUAUAAUCUCAUAGAAAUAGAAGAAAAAUUAACAGAAUAUAAUUAUUCUUCUGUAUGUUUGUCAAAUAGUAAUAAUUUAAUCGACAUUUUUAUACAAAAAUAUAAAAUGAAAAAUUGUAUAUGGUAA